AUGGGACAUCGUCACUCAAAGCCUUCCCGGUCUCCACGUGUGGAAUCAAGAAAUCAGAGGGGUUUAGCAAAGCAACCGAGAUCGAGUACGAAAAGUUAUCAAAGCCCCGGAGCUCGCGAUCUCUGGUCUCCUCCACCGUAUGAGUCACACGCGCCUCAGGCCUCAAGAACGGCAGCAGCGACGGUGCCAACGGAUGACUCCGCGUAUUCGUUCCUUUCGGAGUUCGAUACCAUCUUCGUGGUGGACGACAGUGGCAGUAUGAGCGGGCGUCGCUGGAAGGAGGCCGAAGAUGCCAUCGCUGCCAUCGCGCCCAUCUGCACGCGCUACGACGAGGACGGCAUCGACAUUUACUUUCUGAAUCACCGUCGCGAGGCUACGAGGGCCACCGGCGGCGCCUACACAAAUAUCACCACGGCCGACGAUGUGCGUGAGAUCUUCAACAGUGUUCACCCGUGGGGCGCGACGCCAUUUGGGAAACGGUUGCACGAUAUUCUAGGCCCGUAUCUACGUCGCGUCGAGGGAAUGGAUCCCAUGGGGACGGUGAAGCCGCUCAAUAUCAUCGCAAUCACUGACGGGGCGUUCACGGACGACGCGGAGAGUAUCAUCGUGGACGUUGCCAAGCGGCUCGAUGCCUGCCGGGCGGUGCCGUGGCAGGUCGGCGUCCAGUUCUUCCAGAUCGGGGACGACGCCGCAGCUCGCGCUUAUCUGCAGGACUUGGACGACGAGUUGGGCAAGAGGGCGCAACAGGACCACCUCCGUGACAUGGUCGACACGGUCCCCUGGAAGGGCAAGUACGGCCAGACCCUGAGCGCGGAGGGUAUUCUGAAAUGUGUCCUCGGCGCAGUGAAUCGAAAGUACGACAAGUCUGACAAUGUUCGGUGA